AUGGCCAUCACAACCCAAACAACCGCCUCUUCAUCACUCGAUGGGAAGGUGGCUCUGGUCACUGGCGGUUCUCGAGGGAUUGGUGCCGGCAUCGCGCUCCAUUUUGCCCGCAAAGGCAUUCGGGCACUGGCAAUCACAUACGCCACCAACCUGCAAGCGGCCGAGGAGACCUUGUCCGAAUGCCGCUCCAUGUCCCCCAAUCUGAAAACAGCUGCCAUCCAAGCGGAUGUUCUUGACCCAACCAUCGGCCCAAAUCUGAUUCCAAAGGUGCUCGAGGCGCUGGCCAUAGACAGAAUCGACAUCGUCGUCAACAACGCCGCCCUUGUCAAUGACCUGAGUCUGAUCCAGCCAUUCGUGAACACAACCGCCGACGUUUUCGGAAAGACGAUGCAGGGCAAUGUCUUUGCGCCUAUGAGCAUUAUCAACGCGGUGUUGCCUCAUUUGCCACCCAAGGGGGGUCGAGUAAUCAACAUCUCGAGUGUUGCAAGCAAGCUCGCGAAUUCUGAUCCGGUCCUGACGUAUGGGGCAUCCAAAGCCGCACUGGACAGCAUCACACGAUCCUUGGCAAGUCUCCUGGGCAUAACGACUGGGGCAACCUUCAACAGUGUGUCCGUGGGACCAACUAGCACGGAGACGGUGCAGGAGGCAUUCAAGAAAUUUGGGGAUAAAUUUUUUGACGACGCAACGAAGUUGUUCACGACCGAAAAACGGUUGGCAGAGCCCGAGGAUGUUGCUUUGGUCGUUGGGUUUCUGGCAAGUGACGAGGCAAGGUGGAUCAAUGGAUCGAAUAUCGCGGCAAACGGGGGAAAUAAAGAACUGUUGGCUUUGCAGGGAUAA